UGAAUCAUCUAAAACUAAAAGAAGAAGUAAUUCGUAAAGUUCAGGCAGUGCAUUAUGCUGUGUAUUUCUGUCAGAUUGGUAGUUUUGUGUUAGUUUAUUUUCAGGGAUGUAACUUGAAUGCGUGGUUUAUAUUCCGACCAGUAUAACCGUGGCCUUCUAUGUGGCUGCAAGGGGAAACUUUGAAGGAUGACUUCGCCUCUUUUAGUCCACCAGCGCUUUUUCGCUGUCUGGAAGCUGCAGUGGGGCUCGCUGAACGCAGGGACGAGCCUCAUACUCCAUCAGCCGUGGUGGGUAACAGGAUGGCCGUGUGUUUUCGCUGCUGGUAAGAAAUACCAAAUUGACCUGCCAGUAGUCCACGAGGAAGACCUUGAUGAACAGUUUGUUCGUGGGUCUGGUCCUGGAGGACAAGCCACCAACAAAACCAGCAACUGCGUGGUGCUCAAGCAUAUUCCCACGGGUAUCGUCGUGAAGUGUCACCAGACCAGAUCGGUGGAUUUGAACAGAAAACGAGCACGGGAGAUUUUACGCGAGAAACUGGAAAUUGCAUAUAAGGGUGAGGAAAGUGAACUGCUGAAAAUGAAAAAGGAAUCCAUACAGAGGAAACAGGAAAAACGGCAAAAAGUAAAUGAAAACGUGGAAAAAAAGAGACGAUUCAAGGCGAUGCUGUACUCAGACCAAGAUGACAAACGCUGAGGCAAAAAGUCCUCUUCUGCCAAACGAAGACCAGUGGACGGCAGUAUAAACGAGAAAAUAGAAGAAGCUAAAGAAAACAAAGACGG